AUGGGUGCUGCUAAUAAUAAUGACACUGGUUCUAAAGAUUGGCUUAAAGAAAGAGCUGCUAUAUCUGCCGCCCAUCGAAGACAAAAGACUGACCCGGCAGCAUCAAAACUUGUUGACCAAUUACACAAAGAACGCAUUCAAGGAAAUUCCGAAGAAACAGUUGACGAGGAAUAUGAAGAUCUUGAUGCAAUUACUAGUGUACCACCUCCUGAAGAAAUAGUUGUCAAAGUUGCACCAAAAGAAAAUACAACCACUACACUUCAUGGCAAAGAGACUAGUGAAGAUGUUUAUCAGUCAUUUAUGAAAUCAGUUUUGGAAGGGGGAUUAGCCACGGAAUCUUCAUUGGAAUUUUGGCGAAUUCAUGAAUUGUAUUCAAAGAAAAAAGAUGCACUUACACCUAAUACUGUUGACAUAAUUGGGAACAUUGAUAACAUUAUAGAUUUUUUAAAAAAUUUUCAUAAUCAACUUGUUAAAUGUAAUACAGCUAGUGACUGUAUUUUUAGAUUUCCAAAAGGUGAAAGUUUAUUAAAAGAUUUAGCGUUUAAUCAGUUAAAUAGGAUUUUAAUUCUUCACCCUGUUGCAUGUCAAUUAAUUGUAAAAUGCGUGUUAGAAUUUUCUAAAUGCUUGAACAAUGUUCCGAAUUUUAUUCAAGGAAAUAACUCAAGAAAUUGGUGCGCAGAUAGAAUUAAAAGUAUUAUUCAAUCUCAUAAUGAUGUAGAUGAAAUAUCAGACAACUUUUCAUAUUAUAAUGAAAUUGGAUUGUAUGAAUUCCAUGGGCUUGUAGUCAAAGAAUUUAUUACAACAAUAAAAGAAUUCUUGAAAGUCAUAGAGAAUUCAUCAGUUGAAUUACCUAAUAAAUGUUUUAUAAAAAUUUCACAACAAUGUUUGCCACUUUUAAAUGAUUUGAAUAUGGUAGAAUUGAUAGAUCGUAUAAUAGUUGUGGCAACUAAAAAUUAUUUAAAUUAUGAAACAUGCCUUGAAAAUAAUAAUAAUGAUGAACAAUUUUUAUUAUUUUCUGAUGUUUUUAUAGAAAAAUUGAUCUUUAUCAAUACUACAUUUUAUGAGCACCUUUCUAUCGAUGCAAAGGAUGGAUUAUGGGCAACAUGUCCAAUUACUGUAGAAAAUGAGAUUAUGAACAUUUUUGGUCAAUUACUUUUCCCAAUUGAUAGUAAUUACAUGAAUCCACAUUAUAUCAAAGGUUUCUUAAAAUCAAACAUUAUAAUUCAAAGAAUGUUUAAACAUCCUGAAAUAUUUCAUCAAUGUUUAUAUGUGCUGAUGAAAUUGAUAUUGGAAAUACCUGAUCAGAGGAUACUAAGAUUAAUUGAAUUAGUUAUUCAGUUAAUAUUUGAUGAAAAUAUUGAAUUCAUAGUUAAUAAAUCAAACAUAAAGUGUAAAUUUCUAAGCAAAUUAAUAGAUAUGAUAACCAUACUUAAAUCUAAUCCUGAUUUGAACUCACUUGAAGAAUUAAACAGAAUUAGAAAGCAUUCAUUUACUAUAGAAGAGUCAUCGUAUUAUUUAAAUCAUAAAAGACAAGUAUGGAUAAUCUUUAAAUCUUGUGUAAAAUGGAAUUAUUGGACUAUAAAUGAAAUUUUGGACAUCAAUAAAUAUUCCAAUAUUGAGGAAUUGAAAGAAUUCAUUUCAUAUUUAGGUUGGCUGAUUCUUCCAAUAGAUGAAGAGGACAAAGAAGGAUUAAUUAAUCUAAUUAUUACGUUAACUGAUAUUAUUAUAAGAAUAAGAGAUUAUUUAUUAAAUUCAGCAAGAGACAUUUCAUUAAUAAUUAAAUUAAUGAGUCAACACAAAAAUUUAUUUGAAAACAAUUCAUUAUUACUAUACUUAAUAUUAGGAAUCUUAAAAUAUUCAGAAACAAAUUUUAUUGAAUCAUUAGAAUCAAUUUAUUUUCCUAUACCUGUAGUGAAUAAUCUUCCUACAAGACUUGGACUUUCUGAUGCUGCCAUAGAUGCCAAAUUACUUGCCCAUUUCUUUUUUGCAUCUUAG